AUGGCGCGAUCUCAAACAACCACCCUCCCCGUCAUCCCCCUCGCCCGUGGCACCAUCCUUCUGCCGGGCGUUGCACACCGCAUCCCCGUCACCGCCGCCCGCCCCGACAUCCCCGCUCUCCUCGCCAACGUGUACACCCGCGCCGCCUCCGCCGCCCCGAACGAGCGCAUCGACGCCAUCCCCAUCGCUUGCGUCCCCGUUUCCUCCCCCUUUGUCGGUCCCAAUGGCCAACUCCUCAUUCAAGAUGCCGAUCAGAUGGACGAGUCUCUCAUCAAGGAGGUCGACCCGGGAACCGCCCGCAAGUCCGACCUCUUCAACUACGGUGUCGCCGCCCGUAUCACCGGCAUCGAGGGGAGGGGCACAGCCGAGUUCGCUUUGCGUGUAGAGGGUAUUGCGAGAGUCCGUGUAGAGAAGGUCACCCAGGAGAGGCCGCACUUUGAAGCCAAGGUCAAGUACUUCCAUGACGAAGUCGCCACGGACGCCCAGAUGCAAGAACUCUUCUCCCUCCUCAAGCUGAGGUCGAGAGAACUCGUAACGAUCCUUCGCAUAUCCGCACUCCUUCCCAGAAGCCCAGAUAGCCCCGGCGGCCUGUCGCCCCUGUUGACUCGGAGGCUCGAAAUGUUCAUCAAUAAGAAGGAGCUAAAGGAAGCCGGUCAACUUGCCGACUUCAUGGCCAAUAUCGUUGAGGCCUCGUAUGAGGAGAAGCUCGAGGUUCUGGCCGCCCUCGACGUCAAGGUCCGCCUGUCCAAGGUCAUUGAGCUGCUGGACCGUCAGGUUAGCGGCAUCAAGAACAACUUCAAGAUCACCACAUUCACCAGUGUGCCCGUGCAAUUCCUCGACAAGAUCAACGACAAGGCUUCACGUCGCGUCGGUUCCAACGGCGCUGCGGUACCGCCCAACACCAUGUUUCCCCCCGGCCCCAACGGCGUCAUAGGCCCGAACCAGGACGACGAACAGGAGCCCAACGAGCUGGAAGAGCUCAAGAAGAAGCUGGACAAGGCCGGGCUUCCCCCUGACGCGGCCAAAAUGGCCGACAGGGAGCUGCGAAGGCUCAAGAAAAUGAUGCCUGGCAACCAAGAAUACCAGGUCACUCGGACAUGGCUGGACGUGCUUGCCGAGAUUCCUUGGUCUGCGACCACAGACGACAGGCUGGGGCCCGACACACUUGCCAGAGCCCGAAAGCAGCUGGACGAGGAUCACUAUGGCCUGGACAAGGUCAAGAAGCGCCUGAUCGAGUAUCUGGCCGUGCUCCGGCUCAAGCAGUCCAUCAACGACAAUGUUGACGAGCAGAUCAAGAAGGCAGAGCAGGAGGCAGUCCCUCCCAAGUCCGAGACGGAGGAGGAGUCCCAGAAGAAGGAGGCCGCCGAUGCUGACUUGGAGGAGCGCACGAAGCUAGCCAACACCAAGAUCGACGUGCUCCGAUCAAAGCGAAUGGUCGACAGGUCCCCCAUCAUGCUGUUGGCCGGCCCUCCUGGUGUAGGCAAGACAAGUCUGGCCAGGUCUGUCGCCACGGCCCUGGGCCGGAAGUUCCACCGUAUCUCGCUUGGCGGUGUCAGAGAUGAAGCCGAGAUCCGCGGUCAUCGACGGACCUACGUGGCAGCCAUGCCCGGUCUAAUUGUUCAGGGCUUGAGAAAGGUCGGCGUGGCGAACCCUGUGUUCCUCCUCGACGAGAUAGACAAGUUGGGCAUGUCCAACCACCAGGGGGACCCGUCCGCAGCCAUGCUUGAGGUCCUGGAUCCUGAGCAGAACAACUCGUUCACGGACCACUACGUCGGUUUGCCCGUUGACCUUAGCAAGGUCUUGUUCAUCGCCACCGCCAACAGCCUCGACACCAUUCCUGCGCCGCUCCUCGACAGGAUGGAGACAAUCUAUCUGCCGGGCUACACGACGCUCGAGAAACGCCACAUCGCCAUGCAACACCUUGUGCCUAAGCAGAUCCGGGUCAACGGGCUCUCCGAGGACCAAGUCAACUUUGACAAGGAUGUCGUGUCCAAGAUUAUUGAGUCAUACACUCGUGAAUCAGGGGUUCGCAACCUUGAGCGCGAGAUUGGCUCCGUCUGUCGUGCCAAGGCCGUCGAGUUUGCCGAAGCCAAGGAUGGGGGGCAGCUCGAGACGUACAGGCCGCAACUGACGGUCAACGACAUUGAGGAAAUCCUGGGCAUAGAAAAGUUCGAGGAAGAAAUUGCCGAGAAGACGAGCAAACCAGGCAUCGUGACGGGUCUGGUGGCGUACAGCUCGGGCGGUAACGGCAGUAUCCUGUUCAUCGAGGUUGCCGACAUGCCUGGAAACGGCAGCGUGCAGCUUACCGGCAAGCUGGGAGACGUCCUCAAGGAGAGCGUCGAGGUCGCCCUGUCGUGGGUCAAGGCCCACGCGUACGAGCUGGGCCUGACAUCGGAGCCGGCCGCCAACAUCAUGAAGGAGCGCAGCAUCCACGUCCAUUGCCCCUCGGGUUCGAUUCCCAAGGACGGGCCCAGCAGCGGGAUGGCACAGGCGAUUGCCCUUAUUUCCUUGUUUUCCGGCAAACCAGUCCCUCCCACGAUGGCCAUGACGGGUGAAAUCUCUUUGCGGGGCCGUGUAACUGCCGUCGGAGGCAUCAAGGAGAAGCUCAUCGGCGCCCUCCGAGCCGGCGUCAAGACGGUUCUUCUCCCUGCGCAGAAUCGGAAGGAUGUAAAAGAUCUCCCCCAGGAGGUCAAGGACGGCCUGGAGAUCCUUCACGUCAAUCAUGUCUGGGAGGCCAUCCGGCUCGUCUGGCCCGAUUCCCAGUGGCCCGGCGCUGAGCCCUUCCCGCCCAUUGAGAGUCGGCUGUAA